AAAAGAGAGACAGACAGACAGACGCUUUCUGAAUGAAUUGAAUAAAAGCGAUCAUCUGUCACGCCUGCCCUGAAGUCCGGUGGCAACCCAUCCCUCUCUCCCUGCCUGCAUUCCUCCUCCUUCCCUCCAUCAUGCUCAACGAUUCGAAGCUGACCGACAAUCCGUUGUCCAUUUCGUGGCACGAUUCGGCGUGGAUCCCCGUGCUGAAUCCGCACAACGUGAUGGAUUACUUCUCGGAGCGCUCGAACCCGUUCUACGAUCGCACUUGCAGCAACGAAGUGGUCAAAAUGCAGCGUGUCUCGCCCGAGCAAAUGGUGAACAUGCAGGGCACUGAGUACUGCCUCCUCCACGUCCAGGAACCCAUCCUCUACGUUAUUCGCAAACAACACCGACACUCGCCCACCCAGGUGACGCCCUUGACGGAUUACUACAUCAUCGCUGGAAUCGUGUACCAAGCGCCGGAUUUGGGCUCGGUCUUGAACUCGCGGAUCCUGACUACCGUCAAUCACCUCCAAUCAGCCUUCGAUGAGGCCAAAUCCUAUGCCAAGUACCACCCCUCUCGCGGUUAUUGGUGGGACUUUGGGCCAGGACAAGUCCAAAAGAAGAAAAGCAAGACGCCGGCCGGCCCAUCCACCGAGGAGAGUGGGCCCAAUGCCGGUAAGAAGGCCAAGAAACGACCCGCUUUGCGCAAGGAAACCGAGCGCAAGGCCAAAGAGGAGCCCAGUUCCAUUUUUCAACGCCGUCGUGUCGACAUGAUCCUGGAUUUGAUCACCCGAAAGUUCCCGCCUAAGCUGCCCACCACUGUGCCCACGGCAUCGGCGGCCACGGCUACCAACGUGGCCGAUAAAGAGACAUCGAAUGAGAUCAAACUCGAAAAAGACGUUAUUAAAACAGAAAAUACGGUUACGACGGCCUCAGGGGUAAAACGAGAGGCCACACCAAACAAGAACACUCAGCCUGAUGCCAAACGACUCAAAACUAAUUAAGGAAAACUUGUGGUUGAAUAUGAUGUGCUUUAUUGUGUCUUAA